AGGGUGCAUUGGCCCAUCAUGUUUCAUCCAUCUAUACAGGGUAAUUCCCAAGUGUAAGGUUCCUUGUUUGGUUUUGGUACAUUUUCUGUAGGAUAAUCUGAUCCUCCACAUAAGAAUACAUACGCAUCAGGAACACAAAUCAUGCCAUUCUUGGUAUAGUUGUGUGGGAAGGGAAUGUUUUGAUUAACCUGUUCAAGCCAGGGUUCUGUUAGAGAGUUGUUACAAAUGAAUAACCAUCCAUUUAUAGAUAAACAUUUUUUUUUUUCCUUUACAUAAGGGGAUAGAUCUAAGGGUACCAAGUGAAGUAUUUCUUAGGCAGUGAGGAAACGGAGAAUAAUCUAGGGACCUGUCUGUGUUUGAAAUCUGAAUAGGUAAGUUGAUAAAUAAGGUGACCUCUUCGGGUGCAAGUUGUAGAGCACUGCAACACUCAGUCAUUUAUUUAGGGUUGAGUUAAAUUAAAGAACGGUAUCUGAAGUUGCAUUAACAAUCCAGAAGGAUACCAAUAUCUGACACAUGUGGCUUGCUUAAAGAUGAUCUCAAGUUUGGUGGUAGUGGGAGGUAUAGAAUUAUACUUUAGUAUGGGAGAAGCUAAUGGAUCCAAGAAUUCAUGUGGAGCCAUUGGAGUGGGAUAACAGAGCCAACAUUCAGUCAUGUUACCGGCACAAGCUACUGAUUGUGCUAACUUCAUGAAAGCAUUUUCCUUCCAUGUGUCAAAAAUUUUUGAAAGCAGAAAAAUAAUACUUAAGAAGAACUCCAUAAUGUCAAAAUGACAAUUAGGAUAAUAUAGCAAGGAAUAAUGCCAAAAUGAUAAAGCAAGGUGAUUAUAGAAAGGUUAUGAGUAUGAAGCAAAUUGCAAAAAUGUCAAUAGUUUGCAUGGAAACCAGCAAUGGUAAAACUUGUUUAAGGAAACUUCAGCUCGAUUAGGAGCCAAGUUUUCUACAGGCCUGAUCCAGAGGUCUUGGAAAGAGCUGUCCACUUCAGAUGUCAUCUGUUUCUGAUCUCGAGGUCAUCAGAAUUGGUGGUGGAGUCCUUCCAUGGGUUGGACAGUCCAGGCAGAGUUCUUUCAGCUGAGAGAGGUGAGUCCAGGUCUUGAUCCCCCGUAAUUUGGCCGCAGAAGUGUUUGUAAGAAGUAUCAAGUAUAGCACUUUCCAUCUAGGUUUGAGAGAGUCUUUCAAUUGGUGUUUUUUCUGCGAAACAUAAUAUCCAGGUUGAAUAUUGUCUACUCAAGACAUUUCUUCCUUUUGAUUCUUAAAAGCUUCUUUAACUUGUGUAAUGUGUUCAUUAGAAUAUUGAAUCAAAGAUUUACAAUAUUGAAACAGGUCAGAUUGAAUUAAAUUUGAUUCAGGGCAAUUUGCCCAAUAUGGAAGAGCUAUUGGUUGUCCAGUAAUAAUUUCAUGAGGGGUCAUUUUGUGAAGUCCAAAUGAAGUAGUCCUCAAAUUUAAAACCACCAGAGGCAACUUUAUUCCAAGGCAAUUGUAGAGGUUUAGAAAGCUUGGCUAGUUGAGUUUUAUUACAUCAUUAGUUCUUUCAACUAAACCAGAGGAUUAAGGACGGUGAGAACACCGAAGUCUCUGAAAAGUAGGGAAAAUUUUGCACAUCUCCUGUCUUAGUUAUCUAGCACUGCUAGAACAGAAAUACCACGAGUGGAUGGCUUUAACAAAGAUAAAUUUAUUUCUUCACAGUAAAGUAGGCUAAACGUCCACAUUCAGGGUGUCAGCUCAAGGGGAAGGCUGUGUCUUGCUUUCGGACUUCUCAUCUUCCCCUGGCCUAGGAGCUUCUCUGCAUAGGAACCCUGGGUCCAAAGAAUGCACUCUGCUCCUGGCACUGCUUCCUUUGUGGCACCAGAUCCCCCUGUCUCUCUGCUUGAUUCUUUCUUUUAUAUCUCAGGAGAUUGCCUCAAGACACUAUCCAAUCUUGGAGAUUGAGUCCUGCCUCACUAACACAACUGCCACCCAUCCUCCCUCAUUAACAUCAUAGAGUCAGGAUUUGCGACAUAUAGGAAAAUCACACAAUACCAGGAAUUAUGGCCCAGCCAAAUUGAGACACACAUUUCUGGGGGGGACAUACUUCAAUUCAUGAGAACUCUUUAGUUAUUUGUCCAGUAAAAUGGAUGUCUCUAUCACUACAAUGGACUCUUGGGCUCCCCAGUUAGGAAUAAUAUCCUUGAGAAGUUUCUUAACUACAAAAGCAGCAGUAGCUUGAUGACUGGGGAAAGCUUCCACCCAGUGAGAGAAUUUGCAAAUCAUUACUAAUACAAACUUGUAACCAUUCAAGGGUGGAAGCUGGAUGAAAUAAAUCUGCCAUUCAAGAAUAGGUUCUGAAGGCAGAGGAAAUCUCCCAGGUGGUGCUGUAUAAAGUUUACUGGAAUUAAAUUGAGAACAAAUAAGAAACUGGGAAGCCACUUGUUCAGUAACCUUAUAAAACUGCUCCCACCAAUAUUUCUUUAAGAUUUCUAGCAUCUUAUUGCUUCCCAAAUGAACGUUCAUAUGCAAUGCAUCCAGUACAGCGGCUUGCCGGGAUUUGGGACGUACUAAGUUCUCGUUGGGUUUCACCCAUAUCCCGGAGGUGGAGCACCAGAAACAAUCAUGUGGGGCUGAUUUUUGAUGUUCAGAUAAAUCCUUUAAAGUCACUCUUCCAAAUCUAGAGGGGUUUUCUAUAAGCAUAUUAAAAGGUUGUUCGUCAUCCAAAGCAGUGCCCUGAGGUGAGGGACCAUACAGAACUGUUAAAAGUUUUUGCAAAGCAUUAACAGGAUGGAAACAAAGGGGGAGUGUGAUCUUCAAAACUGAGAAAAAACGUGUUCUACCAUGGCAGAACAAUAUCCCCAUCAAUGGGAUUCUAAAGCCCUGAUUAGUUCAUCUGCCAUUAUUCCUGUCUUAUAUUUUUUUUUAUCAUGGCAGCAAUUUUGAACCAUAGGGACAUGCAAGGAUUCCAGAAAAUGGGUUUUUUAUUAGGCCUGAUCCACAGUCUAGUGGUUGAAUCCUGAUGACAGGUGGCCUGCUCCCAUUCUUUAAUUUAAUUUGUGAGUUUAAUUGUUGGUGUUUAUAAAGUGACUUUGAAAUUUCUUUUGGGUCAGAUUUUUAUGGGCAAUAGUUUACAGGUGCCAUGAUUGUUUUCUUUUUAUUAACUAUCCCUCCUUUUCCUCAUGCUCGUGAGUGGAAUCAUCAGAAUCAUGAGGGAGGGUGAUGUUCUUAAACAGUGUUUGGGAAGCUGUUCUAUCAGCCAUGCUGUUUCCUUUAAUUUCCUGUUUGUGGAACCCCUUUUGGCUGAUGCUCUUGAAUUUUAAUUACAGUGAUCUCAGAGAGGAGCAAAAGGGCUUCCAGGCAGUCUGCUUCUAAAGGACCAUUUUAAGUUGAAUACCAGAAGAUGUUAACAACCCUCUUUGUUUCCAUAACAUGCUAAAAUCAUGAGUAAUUCCAAGAACAUAUCUAGAUUCUAUGUACAUUGAUCAUUCAGAAAGCAGUUUGUAAAACCUCUUGCAACAGGCUGACUGGUUCAGCCUGUUGAUCUGAAGUGAUUUCAGGAAGGGUACCAUCUUAGACGAUCCCGGAGGAAGUUGUCAUGGUAUAUCCUCCCUGGUAAUGAGAGCUGAUAUGUUCAGGCUUUAAAUAUGACCCAUCAACCAAUAGAACUAAAUCAGUACUAAUGGUGAGGUUUCUUGUAAAUCUUGCCUAGAAGACAAAAGCUGUUCAGUAAGGUUCAUUGAAUGUAAUGGUGUGAGUUGUCAUCAUCAUUAGGUAGACGUACAGGCAACAACAUAGCCAGAUCUAGAGAGUAUGUAACCAAAUAUUACAAGCUUCUAGAAGGAGCACAUCAUAAGAAGUCAGCCUACUACCUGAGAGAUGUUGAGUUAAUGUCGAAUUUCGGAUGGCUGACACCACAUGAGGGACAUAAGUGUCGAGACAAUUUCCUAGAACUAUAUCUGCUAUAGUCUCAAGUAGUCUAGCAGUUGCAGCAACUGCUCUGAAGCAAGUUGGGUAGCCCAUAGAAACAGGGUCUAAUUCAAUGCCCUAAUAACAGUAGGCCUCUGUGGUCCUCUGUGUUUUUCACUGAGGACUUCUAAAGCAUUCCCAGAAGUUUCUGGACAAAAAGUAGAAAGUAUAAAUUAUAAUCAGGAAGCCUUAGAGCAGGGGUGCUUGUUAAAGCCUUGGUGGCGUAGUGGUUAAGAGUUUGGCUGUUAACCAAAAUGUCUGCAGUUUGUAUCCACCAGCUGCUCUGGUAGAGUCUAUGGGGCAGUUCUACUGUGUCCUAAAAUGUAACUAUGAGUGGGAAUUGAUUUGACAACUGGUUUGUUUUGGUUUGGUUUUAUUUCGGUGUUGGCUUUUUGGCCAUCUUCAGAACAUUGAGUCAGGUUCAGAACCUUUGAAAAUUUGGUACAUGGAUUGAGCUAACAAAGAAAACUUAGGUAUCCUAGCUUUGCAAUAACUGCAGAAUCCUAAAAAUCCCCUCAAUUGCUUUUCUUGUAGUGGAGACGUGAUAAGAUACGAUAGCUUCUUUUCUUUUGGGGUCCAUAGUGAUUUCUUUUGCUGAAAGGACAUGUCCCAAGUAUUUAAACAAAAGUUGAGCUAAUUUCAAUUUUUUCUUUGGAGGCCAUUGUAACAACAGAAUAGUAGCUGUGAGACAUGCCUGUUGAGAACUGGAACAGACCGUAAGUCAUCCACAUAUUGUAAUAAUGUGGAACCUUGAGUAAAUUGUAAAGGCUGUAUAUCAACAUGUAAAAUCUGAGACAAGUCGGUGGGAGACUUGGUGAACCCUGGGGCAUUACAGUCCACGUGAAUAAUUGGUCCUCUCAAGUGAAAGCAAAUAAGUAUUAGCUGUCUGCAUGAAUGGCAACCCUGGUGGCAUAGUGGUUAAAUGCUAUGGCUGCUAACCAAAGGGUUGGCAGUUCAAAUCUGCCAGGUGCUCCUUGGAAACUCUGUGAGGGCAGUUCUUCUCUGUUGUAUAGUGUCACUAUGAGUCGGAAUUGACUCAAUGGCACUGGGGUUUUUGCUUUUUUGGUCUGCAUGAACUAGGAUGCUGGAAAAAAAAAACAUUUCAAAGGUUGACCACUGUGAAGUGUGUUGCUUCAGGGUGUACAAUACAAAGAAGUAAGUGCAGACUGGGGACUAUGCAGAAUCUGGGAAUUAUUAUACAGUUAAUGGCACGUAGGUCCUGUACAAGCCUCCAGUCCUGUCCUGAUUAUUAGGUGUCUUAACAGGGAAAACUGAAGUAUUGCAGAGACUAGUGGGAGAAAUUAUUAAAUUAGAAAGCUUUAGUUAGAAAGUCUUGAAUUAUUGGGUUAAACCCUUCUCUAGCUUUUCUUUUUAAAGGGUACUGUGAAAUUUUCAGGUAAAGGUAUAGAGGUGUCUAUUUGAAUGUUAAUUUUUUCAACUGAUAGGACCUGACAACAUCAGUAGACAUGGUGGCCCAUAUGCUUUUAGGUACAGAAGACAGGAAAUCUGCAGAACUGAGUAAAAUAAGGGAGUGACUCUCUUGUGUUUGCAAGCUAAGUGCUUUGAGAUAACAGCAGCCCUCUUCAUUUGUAGUAUUUUCUAUUCCACAAGAGCCAACUGAUUGGUUGGUUUCAGGCAAGUCUAAUAGCGAUCCUCCUGUUUAUGAAACUUUUAUUUGACAUUUCCUUUUGGAUGAAAGAUCUCUUCCUAAAAGGUUUCUUGGGUAUCUAAACUAAGUAAAAAAUGGAUGCAUGUCUUCAACAGGGCCUCAGGAGAUCAAAAUAAGUUGAGAUCGGGAAAAAUUUUGUUCUCAAUUAGUAACCCCCACUAUCUUUGAUGUUUUGUUACUCCAGGGCAGCGCCUACAUCAAUGCCAAGGUCCCUGACCUGCUAGGUUUCCUUGAGUCCUUAUGAAACUCCAUUUUAGGGGGACACACUCACACAGGGGGGCCUGGCCUGAAGAACCUGGCGUCUGUAGUGCCUUUUCUUUCUCCUCUCCACACCUGGCUGGUGCUGCCCUCCCUCCACAUCCUGUUCUCAAAGUCCUACCUCGCUCCUGCCAGCUUCAGGGACCUGCACCGUGCUUCCUUUGGACUGUCCUCAGGUCUUGCUGAAAGGAGCCCUGAUGGCACAGUGGUUAAGUGCUCAGCUGCUAGCCAAAAGUUUGGCAGUUACAAACUACCAGCCGCUCCGCUGAGGAAAGAUGUGGCAGUCUGCUUCUGAAAAGAUUAUAGCCUUGGAAACCAUAUGGGGCUGUAUUACUCUGUCCUCUUGGGCACUGGAGCCCUGGUGGUACAGUUGUUAAGAGCUCAACUACUAACCAAAAGGUUGGCAGUUUGAAUCUAAGAACCACUCUUUGGAUACCGUAUGGGGCAGUUCUACUCUGUCCUAUGGGGUCACUGUGAGUCGGAAUACGCUCUAAGGCAACGGUUUUGGGAGUCUUUCUGCUGUCUAGACCCGGACCAGGGUGUUGCCACCUGCUGGUCCUGAUCACUGUGAGCAGGACACCUUGCAGGCACCCCUCCCCAGGAGGCAGCAUUGGAGGCCCGCGGCCAGCUGGCACUGAGCAGCCUCCAUACCCUGCCUAUGCCCUUCACAAUGUAUUUGCAUCCUGGCUGGAUUCCCGACAUGAGCACUGUGCAGGGGUGGCUUCUUCUCCUUUCUGUCCAGGCAGCAUACAUUCUGCUCCAAGGGGCCAAUUUAGAACCAGCCCUUGCAAAGCAGCCCAGCUGUGUUGUUGUGUAGCUGUGCAGCUAUGGGUGACUAGCUCUGGGAAAGUCUGUUCCAGAAUUGUAGGAACCACCUUUCACUUAGUCUGCUUUCCUCAGUCAUCACCUUCUUGGGCCACCUUCAGGCAUGAAAUGAGCAGGUAGAAAACAGGUCACCCACCCUCCCUGUCUUUCACCCUGUGACUUUCCCACCAUUUGUGAUUUCUACACUGUCUCCCAUAUUAUUUUCUUACUUCCUCUUCUGUUCCUGUUACUGCUUCUCUCUCUCUCCUUCAUUCUCCUCUCUCCCCCACUCCAUCUCUUUCUCCUUCAUCUCUCCCUCUCCCUCUCCAUCUCCACCUCCCACUCUCCCUUCUUCCUCCCCACUCAUCGCUUUCCCAGGGCAGGGUUGGCUCAUUGAGCCUGUUUUCAGGAACUACUUUUUGGCUACCAAAGGACCUUUCAGUUCAUACCCCACAUGUGCAGAGUAGAACUGCUCCAUAGAGUUUUCCAGACUGUAGCCUUUGAGAAGCACAUCACCAGAACUGUCAUCCGAGGCACUUCUGGGAGGGUUGAAACUGCCAGUCUUCUGGCUAGUAGUUGAAAACUUAAAUGUUUGCACCCCCUGGGGAGUGCUUCGGUAAAGUUUAAAGGCAAGAAAACCCUACGGAGCUCAGUUCUACUCUGUGACAUAUGGGGUCUCCAUGAGUUGAAUUUGACUUGACAGAAGUUAACAACAACAGAGGGUAGACCUGUGAGGAUUAGAUUUGCUGCAGGAAAGAGAAGUCCUACCAGCAACAAUGGCUUAUACAAGUGUGGGCGGGAAGUUCUAUCUGACGCAUUCCAUCCACUCCGCAUCUCUCAACGCACCUUUCAAUCUUGCCAUCAUUGUGAUCCCCAGAACUUGAGGUGGACAACUCCAUUUUGUAGCGUAGAAUCGUUGAGGUAACUCUUCCUUUUUGCUCUGAGAAAAGUUGGUAAGAAAGUUGAUACACACUGAUAGCUGUUAACUUGUAGACAUGACUGAUGAGGUGGAAUCUGGGGAGCUCGGGAUGUAGUGCAGCAGCAGGCCACCAGAGGCCUUCCCAACUUGUCCUCAAACUGCCACCCUGACUCUUUGAGAGGGAGAGGUAGAUAAAAUCAAAAAUGAAACCCAGUGCCGUCAAGUCGAUUCCAACUCGUAGCUACCCUAUAGGACAGAGUAGAAUUGCCCCAUAGAGUUUCCAAGGAGCCCUGGCGGAUUCGAACUGCCUACCCUUUGGUCAGCAGCAGUAGCACUUAACCAGUACACCACCAGGGUUUCCAGGAGAGCCAGAUAAGUGGGGACAAAGAGAGAAAUAAACCCAGAAGCUCAGGCACAAGCUGGUAAGGAACCUCAUUUGCCCAAUUUAGCUGUGUGCUUAGAGACAGUUAAAUAUUAGUUUGGUUUCUUUCAUAUCAAAGGGCAAAAUUCAGAGCAAGGGGGAGGUAGGCCGGGUUUGGGAAGAAUACUUGUUAGUUUAGGGAAAUAGCCAGGAAGCCUGUGGUUUAGGCAGUGUGAACGAUUCAUCAUCAUCAUUAUUUCACUUUCACUCCCUCCAGCAUGGCCUUCCUUCUGCAAGCAUUUCAGAGGGCUUCUGCUGGGGUUUUCUUGUUAGCACUUUGGGGUGUGACUGGAGGUGAGAAGUUGCUGGUUGUUCCUCAGGAUGGAAGCCACUGGCUUAGUAUGAAGGAGAUAGUUGAGCUUCUCAGCGAGAGGGGACACGACAUUGUGGUGUUGGUGCCAGAAGUGAAUUUGCUUCUGAGGGAAUCCAAAUACUACACGAGAAAACUCUAUCCAGUGCCGUACCCCCAGGAAGAGAUGAAGGUGUUUCCACCUUUUGGAAACAGCCAUUUUGCUGAGAGAUCUUACCUGAGCACCCCUCAAACAGAGUAUAGGAAUGUCAUGAUUGUUAUCAACAUGUACUUUACCAACUGCGAGAGCCUCCUGAAGAACUCGGAGACCCUGCAAUUCCUCAAAGGGAGUAAGUUCGAUGCCCUUUUCACAGACCCAGCGUUGCCCUGUGGUGUGAUCUUGGCUGAGUACCUGGGUCUGCCCUCUGUGUACCUCUUCCGGGGCUUCCCAUGUGCCCUGGAGUACAAGUUCAAUGGAAGCCCAAGCCCCGUGUCCUACAUUCCCAGGUACUAUACUCAGUUCUCAGACCAGAUGACUUUCUGCCAACGGGUGGCCAACUUCCUCGCUAUGUUGGAGACCCCACUACUUUACCUUCUGUUUUCGAAGUACCAGGAUCUUGCCUCAGAUCUCCUCAGGAGAGAUGUGGACUUAGUCAGUUUACAUCAGAAGGGCUCCAUUUGGCUGUUAAGGUAUGACUUCGUGUUUGAGUUCCCCAGGCCAGUCAUGCCCAACAUGGUCUUCAUUGGAGGGACCAACUGCAAGAAGGUGGAACGUCUAGCUCAGGAAUUUGAAGCCUACGUGAAUGCCUCAGGAGAGCACGGAAUUGUGGUUUUCUCUUUGGGAUCAAUGGUCUCAGAGAUUCCAGAGAAGAAGGCAAUGGAAAUUGCUGAUGCUUUGGGAAAAAUACCUCAGACGGUCCUGUGGCGGUACACCGGAAGUCCACCGUCUAAUCUUGCGAAGAAUACAAUUCUUGUCAAGUGGCUGCCCCAAAACGAUCUGCUUGGUCACCCGAAUGCUCGUGCCUUUAUCACGCACGCUGGCUCUCAUGGUAUUUAUGAAGGAAUAUGCAAUGGCGUGCCGAUGGUGAUGAUGCCCUUGUUUGGUGACCAGAUGGACAAUGCUAAGCGCAUGGAGUCCCGAGGAGCAGGAAUCACCCUAAACGUCCUUGAAAUGACUUCUGACGAUUUAGCACAUGCCCUGAAGACAGUCAUCAAUGACAAAAGCUAUAAGGAGAAUAUCAUGCGCCUCUCCAGCCUUCACAAGGACCGCCCCAUGGAGCCACUGGACCUGGCUGUGUUCUGGGUGGAGUUUGUGAUGAGGCACAAAGGGGCACCACACCUGCGCCCUGCAGCCCAUGACCUCACCUGGUACCAGUACCAUUCCUUGGAUGUCAUCGGCUUCCUUCUGGCUGUCGUGCUGGCAUCCACCUUCAUUGUCUUUAAAUGUUGUGUCUUUGGCUUCAGAAAAUGCUUCGGGAAAAAGGGACGCAUUAAGAAACCCCACAAAUCCAAGGCACAUUGAGAAGCGAAUGGGAGACAAGGCGACAUUUUGAUCUGUUGCCUGGUCAAUUCCAAAUGUGUAAACAGUCAGUGUUAAAUUCAUUUUAAUCUUAUUAAAGAAGUACUCUAUUAUAAACUGGACAUCUCAGAGUGUUUUUUUUUUUUUCAAAUGAAAACAAUCUAAUCUCUAGUCACUCCUUUAGCUAAAGAUAUUUUAUUAUGUAUAUCACAGCCCAACCUCCAGCCUCUUUACAUAAUCUAGACCUCAUUGAUAAUCUUUCAAAUGAUCUGCUGAAAAUGUUGGGCAUGUCCCUCCUUUAUUUGUAGUACCAUGUUCUUACUAACCAAUGUGGCCCUGAUUGCUGUUUGGGAGCAUGGGUUUUAGAGGUGGUCCCUGGACUGCCACCAUGUCCAGUGACAUCAUUGUCUGGCUUCUAUAAACCCUUGUGAUAGAUCUUUUCACCAGUAUUAAAACCAAACCAAACCAAACCCAUGGCCAUCAAGUCAAUUCUGACUCAUAGAGACCUUGUAGGACAGAGUAGAACUGCCCCACAGGGUUUCCAAGGCUAUAAUCUUCACAGAAGCAAACUGUCACAUCUUCUUCCUGAGGAACGGCUAGUGGGUUUGAACCGCCGACCUUUUGGUUAUCAGCCGAGCACUUUAGCAACUGCACCACCAGGGCUCCUUUCACAAGUAAUACCUGUUGCUGUUGAGUCGAUUCUGACUCAUAUCUACCCUGUAGGAUAGAGUAGAGCUGCCCCAUAGAGUUUCCAAGGAGCAGCUGGUGGGUUUCAACUGCCAACCUUUUUGGUUAGCAGCUGAACUCUUAACCACUGUGCAACCAUGACUCCAUUUCAAUAAUGGUCAAUCCUAAUUCAUGCUCAUGCUACCCAGGUGGCAUGUUGUGUGUUUACAGAAGGAAAUGUUUAGUCCUUGAAAGUGUAGUUCCUUGUAUGUGAAAUGAAUGAAUGACAUAGAGUCCUUCAAGAACAGUGUAUGAUUUCUGACUUUGGGAAAAAGGAAUGAUGCAAUAAAAUUGAAGAAAUGUGUAUUUGAGAGGAUAAUUAUUGCCUAUGCGAAAUGGAUCUGAACUUGAUAGUGUCUGUCAAGUAUAUUUCCUAUGAUGUUUCCCUCAACUAAAAAUAUAUUAAUAAUAUAAAUUAUGUUUCUUAGGUGUUCUUCUCUUCAUUGAUAUUGCAUGUAUUUAUUGUUAAAUUACAUUUUCUAGUUAGUAAAUAAUACAUGAUUCUGACAGAAAAAAUUUUUUAAAUAAUAUUUUGUCAUGUUUUCGGUGAAAGUGUACAUAGCAAAUUAGAUUCUGAUUUAACAACUUUCUACACAAAUUGUUCAGUGACAUUGGUUAUAUUUUUCACAGUCUGUCAACAAUCUCAGUAUUUCCAUUCUGGUUGUUCCUUUUCCAGUAAUCUAGUUUCCCUGCUCCUAGCCUUCUCAUCUCUGCUUUAGAGUCAAUAUUGGACAUUUGGUUCAUGCAGAUGAUUUUCUAAAGGAGCACUCAUGGAUGAUAUUCUUUAUCUUAUGAGUCAGUCUGCUACUUAGCUAAAACAUGACCUCAGGGAAUAGUCUUGGUUCAAAGUUUUAUAAAGUACCUCAGGGUGCUAGUCUUGGGGAAUUCUCUAGCCUCAACUGGUCCGGUAAGUCUGGACUUUUUAAGAAUUUGGGUUCUGUUCCACAUUUUUUUCCAUUCUAUUAGGAUCCAUCUAUUUGAAAAAUACAGAUGUGCACGCACACACAUAUGUGUGCACAUGCACACACACACACACCCCUACCUGAGAAAAUAAAAAUGGCUCAUAAUCACAUUGCCCAAAAACAACACUAUUUUGGUGCACACACUCACAAACACACAUAUAAAAUUAUACACCAAAUAGCGUUUUCUAACCUGCUUUCUUCACAUUUUUCUUCACCUUACUCUAUCAUGAGCGUCCUUUCAAUGUUCUUGCAUAGUGUUUAAUUUACUGAUAGUGGCCAGUGAAGAUUCUAUUGCAUGGAUGGAUAUUCCAGAAUUUAUCUAACCAUCACUUCUGGGUGAUUUCACUUUGUUUCUUUUAUAAGGGAGGCCUCACUGAAUAUCCGAUGGCUGUCUUUGCGCUGAAUCAUGAUUAUUUCUAUGGGAGAGUGCUUCAGAAAUGAAAUUGCCAGCUACCUCAUUUUGGGUUCCCAUAAGCAGACUCCAACACUGGGGCUGAAGGACAAGGAGUUUAUUGGGAGGAGGAGGACGCACUGGUGUGGAAGAGGGGAAACGGGAAGGGAAGGGUACGUUGUCAAGAAGCUAUCAUGUGAGCAACUAGAGCUUCAGCCUGUUAGGAAGCUCUGGGAGCCAGUGUAGACAAUACAAGCCAAGGAUGUUGGAUGUUGGCUUACUCAUUCUUGUCACUUAGACUGAGGCCUGAUCCCAGGAAGUCGUAAUUUUUGUGCACUUCCAGACUGCCUCAAGGGCAGGCAACAAACUCAAAACCAAACCUGUUACCGUCGAGUUGAUUCUGACUCAUAGUUAUUUUAUAGGACAGAGUAGAACUGUCCCAUAGCGCUUCUCCUGCGAAGUGGCUGGCGAGUUUGAAUCGCUGACCUUUCGGUUAGCAGCUGAGUGCUUAAUCACAGCACCAUUAGACUCUGAGGGCAGGCAAAGGGCAAAGAAAUGCAAGUGCUACUUUGAGAUUGGGCCCUUGUGCACUAAAGUCUCUGGAUGGCACAGAUGGUUUGCACUUGGCUACUAACCUAAGAGAACUUGAAGCAUUUACUGAUGAAGAUCAAAGAUCACAGUCUUCAGUAUGGAUUACACCUCAACAUAGAGAAAACAAAAGUCCUCACUACUGGACCAAUAAGCAACAACAUGAUAAAUGGAGAAAAUAUUGAAGUUGUCAAGGGUUUCAUUUUACUUGGAUCCACAAUCAACAGCCAUGGAAGCAGCAGUCAAGAAAUCAGACAACGCAAUGCAUUGAGUAAAUCUGCUGCAAAGGACCUCUUUAAAGUGUUGAAAAGCAAAGAUGUCACCUUGAAGACUAAGGUGCACCUGACCCGAGCCAUGGUGUUUUCAAUUGCCGUAUAUGCAUGUGAAAGCUGGAGGAUGAAUAAGGAAGACUGAAGGAUUGAUGUCUUUGAAUUACGGUGUUAGUGAAGAAUAUACCAUGGACUGCCAAAAGAACAAACAAAUCUGUGUUGGAAGAAAUGCAACCAGAAUGCUCCUUACAAGCAAGGAUGGCGAGACUACGUCUCACAUACUUUGGACAUGUUAUCAGGAGGGAUCAGUUUCUGGAGAAGGACAUCAUGCUUGGUAAAUUAGAAAAAAAAAAAAAAUUAGAGGGUCAGUGAAAAAGAGAGAUCCUCAAUGAGAUGGAUUGACACAGUGGCUGCAACAUUGGGCUUAAGCAGAGCAACUGUGAGGAUGGUGCAGGACUGGGCAGUAUUUUGUUCUGUUGUACAUAGGGCCACUAUGAGUUGGAACCAACUUGACAGCACCUAACAACUGCUAACCUAAAGGUUGGUGGUUUGAACCCACCCAGGAGCACUGAAGAAGAAAGUCCUGGCAAUCUGCUUCCAUAAAGAUUACAGCCAAGAAAAUCCCAUGGAGCUCAAUUCUAUUCUGUAACAUGGGGAUGAGUUGGAAUUGACUCCAUGGUAACAGAUUUGGUUUUUUUGCGUCGAAGAGGUAAGAGUAGGGGAUUUGGGUGGAGCACUGAGGGCAUCGCUACCCAGAACAAUUCUCUGAGAUACACCUUCUCCUCACUAUUGACUGUCUCAUUAUCUGACAUUACGAAUUUAUGACAAUAGUAAAAAACUACUAUCUGGCUAUUUUGCACAUUAAAGACAUAAGUCUGGCAGUAACGAAAGCCGAGGUGUGAGGAGAGAGUAAGGUUGGCUUUGAUAGUUAAGUUUAUGUGUCAGCUUCACUGCCCAUGAUUCUCAGUGGUUUGGCAGUUAUAUAAUGAUGUUAAUUUGGCAGUUAUUUAAUAAUGUAGUCAUCCUCCACUUUGUGAUCUGAUUGAUUCUCCUCCAUUUUCUUUUAACACCGAUUUCACAUAAUGACAUGGUCUUUGGAACCUAACCAUGUUGAUAAGUGAGGAGAGGGCAUAUCUCCCAAACUGCCUCCAAAGAGCUCUGUCAGUGUGUGAGAGAGCUGCCUUCCCCAGGCCCUCUUCAUUAUAAAGAAUUUAUCUUAAACAAAAUCUAUCCGUUUGAUAGGCAAAGGGUGGGACCUUGUUUUAGAUCUUUGCUUUUAUUGCUCAUUAUCAUCAUUUUUAUUAUUAUUAUAGCUUGAACAUUUUUUUCCAUGUUUAUGAGUACUUUGUAUUCCUUUUCCAGGAUUUGUCUGUUUGUAUCCUUUGCCUGUUUUUCUGUUGAUUUGUAAGACUACUUACUACAUUAACCAGAAUAAACUUUGGUCAUGUAUUACAAAUAUUUUCUAGGUUAUUUUCUGGCCUUUAACUUUGUUUAUACUUUUUGUUGUUGUUGUUGUUGUUACAUGUAGAAGUUUUAAACUUGUAAACCUUCAAAUUGGAGCUGGAGUCUUGUGGAUAGUUAAGACUUGGGCUGGUUUCCUGACCCUAAACAGCUGCAGAACUUCUCUUCACACCAGUUCCCUCCCACCGUCUUUGUGGCUUUGCAAUGACUUUGGGCUAAGUCCACCCUCCUGAGGCCCUUCCCGGUGUCCCCAGGGAUUAUCUCCUGACCUCACUGACCAUGGUUCCCUAGUGUCCUCACCUCUCUCAGAGACCCCCAAGAUGCUGGGGCCUCCCACAAGCUUACACUCUUAUGCAUCUUUGUGUCUAUCGCACUCAGACGACUCUUGCUUACAAAGAGAAGCCACCUUGGGAUACCUUGACUU